GUAGGAGAUACAUACACCUCUCAAAGGGACAGAAGAAGGAUUCACAGCUUAGUUUUACUUCGUAUUUGAGUUCCCUACAUCUGAGCAUGUGAGUAGGCUGAUGAAAGGAGCAACACACAUCUUUCAACACCAAGGAGCAAGACUAUCAACGGAAGAUUCUGUUUCCUGAAGCUUCCCCAGAACCUCCCCUUAGGGAACCUCUGCCUAAUUGUUGAUGGACCUGAUAGAGCAGGAGUGAGGACCUACUACUCCUUUUCCAUCGUGAUUCCCUACAGAGGAAUACCCUACAGCAGGCAUUCUCCAUGGUCUCCAGAAAGGGCUUUAUGUUUUCCUCAUCUCUGAUUCCUGGGAAGCUUCAUCAUAGUCUUAAGCCUCAAAUAUGUGGAUGUUUUCUUGGCUUUGUGCCAUUUUAAUUAUUUUGGCGAUCGCUGGUAUGGACACAGUAGCAAAGACCACACCACAUACCAAAUUUACGAAGAAAUCUGAGGGAAAAGAGAUGCCGAAGGGUCUCAAGCCGUCCAGUGGCCCAGCUCCAGAAGAAGAGGAAAUUCCUUUCAUGGAAGUGGCUGAAAUGGCAGAACCGACCCUAAGCCCCCUUGCCCUAGAGUCUGCCUUUGGUGCUGCCACUCUCUUCCCCUUUGAAAACUUCACUCUUGACACGGCCGAUUUCUUUUUGAACUGCUGUGAUUGUUGUUCAUUUGUACCAGGGCAAAAAGGAGAACCCGGAGAGACUGGAAAGCCAGGUCUUAAGGGAGAGGCUGGUGAUAUGGGGAUCCCAGGGCCACCAGGAAUUGUCGGACCCCAAGGUCCAAAAGGCCAAAAAGGAGAGAAGGGAUUAAAAGGAGAACGUGGGGACCAAGGAACAAGUGGAGUUCCAGGAUACCCAGGAAAACCUGGAGACCCAGGUGGCCUUGGUCCUAAGGGGGAUGGAGGAAACAUCGGACCGGCCGGAGUGAAAGGACAAAAAGGCUCCAAGGGGGACACGUGUGCAAAUGGUACCCACGGAGAUAAAGGAGACCAGGGGGCUGUGGGCUCACCAGGCUUGAAUGGAGAGCCUGGGGCCAAGGGGGAGAAGGGCGAGAUGGGGGAUAAGGGCUACGGCGGAGAGUCUGGGGAGAGGGGACGAAAAGGAGAAAAAGGGGCGGAGGGUCUGAAAGGAGAAAAAGGUAGCAAAGGAGAUACUGGAACGGAAGGCAAAGGUGGCCCAGACGGCCCGCCCGGGGCCCCAGGGGAUCCAGGCGUUAAAGGAGAAAAGGGAGAGUUAGGUCCCCCUGGCCUUGUGGGACCUGCAGGGCCAAAAGGUGAGCUUGGGAGCCAAGGAAUCCGGGGACCUGUUGGCAAGAAGGGCUCUCGGGGCCUCAGAGGCUCCAAGGGGGAGGUAGCCAGAGUGCAGCGGUCGGCUUUCAGUGCUGCUUUAUCAAAGCCUUUCCCUCCUCCCAACAUCCCUAUCAAAUUUGACAAGGUUCUCUACAAUGACCAAGGGAAUUACAGCCCCAUCACCGGCAAAUUCAACUGUAGUAUUCCUGGGGCAUAUGUUUUCUCCUACCACGUCACUGUGAGGGGCCGACCCGCUCACAUCAGCCUGGUGGCCUGGAACAGGAAGAGGUUCAAAUCCAGAGAAACGCUCUAUGGUCAUGAAAUAGACCAGGCCUCUUUCCUCAUCAUCCUGAAAUUAAAUGCAGGGGACCAAGUCUGGCUGGAAGUUUCAAAAGAUUGGAACGGGGUAUAUGUCAGCCCUGAGGAUGACAGCAUUUUUACCGGGUUCCUUUUGUACCCAGAGGAAAAUUCUGGAAUUUCACCAUAAACUUGUGUCUCCAACACUGUAGUUUAGGUUCGUUCAGUGGAAUAAGUCAGGCAACAU